AUGCCUAAAAAUGUAGGGGCAUGCGAGGUUCGAGCGCUCCUAUUAUUGGCGUUUAUGAAGGCCGUAGUAACGAAGGUAUUGAAGAAGAAGCGCAGCCCCAGCUCCUCUGGGCUUACCGAAAUUGAGACAGGGACCGAAGUAAGGAUCCUACACAACUGCUGGAUGGUAGCCACCCGAUUUGGAAGGGUCUGCAAUACCAGCUUUGAUGCGGGAGAGUUUGUGGGUGGUGAUGAGGAUGAUGAGCUGCUUGAGGCGAUCUUCUUCCUGCGCGGUUUCGCCGCCGCGGACCGGCUUUGUGUCUUGGCGGUUUCAUCGCGGAAUAGUAGAGACUGCACAUCGCGGUACCCGCCGCAUUGCUUGCCUACCCUCUUGCAUUGUGUGCAUCUUGGCUGA